AAACGAGGUGUCAAUUCUCGAAAAUGUCUUUUUCAGCACAACUGUCCACGAGGGUCUAUCCUCAAACGUAAUAAACCAUGGGGGCAUACAGAUACGUCCAGGAGCUGUACCGCAAGAAGCAGAGCGAUGUGAUGCGCUAUCUGUUGCGCGUCCGCGUCUGGCAGUACCGCCAGAUGACCAAGUUCCACCGUGCCCCGCGUCCGUCUCGCCCGGACAAGGCUCGCCGUCUGGGAUACCGUGCAAAGCAGGGCUAUUCAAUCUUCCGCAUCCGCGUACGUCGCGGUGGCCGUAAACGCCCAGUCCCCAAGGGUUGCACGUACGGCAAGCCCAAGAGCCACGGUGUCAACGAGCUGAAGCCAACCCGCUGUCUGCAGUCCGUCGCCGAGGAACGUGUCGGUCGCCGCGUCGGAGGUCUUCGCGUGUUGAACUCGUACUGGGUUUCCCAAGAUGCAUCCCAUAAGUACUACGAGGUCAUCAUGGUUGAUACCUCCCAUAACGCAAUCCGCCGUGACCCGAAGGCGAACUGGAUUUGCAACGCCGUACACAAGCACCGUGAGCUUCGUGGUCUUACGUCGGCUGGAAAGAAAUCCCGCGGUCUGGGCAAGGGCUACCGCUACUCCCAGACUAUUGGCGGAUCUCGUCGUGCCUGCUGGCGUCGUCGCAACCGUCUGCAUAUGCGCCGUUACCGUUAAGUUACGGUGGUAACAGCAGCAGCCAGCAACACGUGUUGGGGUGGUAUGUACGUACGGUUGUUUUGGGAAUUAUGAAUCAGAACACUGUGAAAUGCUACGCAUACAAUAAACCGUCAAUGAGACUAA